GGUGGUAGGGUAUGGUGACAGUUGGCCUAUCUGGCUAAGUCCUCACUACCCUACAGGAAUCAAGUAGUUGGAGUAGUCCAUGAUAUGAUAUUAUCCAGUUGCUUGAUAGAGAGGAAGAAAGGGAUGAGGAGAAAUCAAAGGAAACAGCCCACACCAAGAUAUCUCAUAUCCAAAGAUGUAGCAGCCUCCAAUUCAAUCUCCUCAAAACCACUUAUAUUUUGGUUGCAAACUGUAAGUGGAUGGGUCUUCUGGUCUCUCUCUAUCUCUUCAAAGUUUCAAAGCAAUCCAACUGUGAAAGUUGUGCUAUUAUCAUAUCAGCAUCUCAAAGCGCAAAAAAGGAUCUAUCUUGGAUUUUAUCACUGAGCAUUAUUGGAUUUGGAUUCAAUGCAAAUACCCUCUUGAGGUGGGGACAUGGCAAGGCCAGUGUCAUUCAGUUGUACUGAUUUAUUAACUGGUGAUGAAUCAAACCUUAGCUGAUAAAAAAAGAAAGAAAGAAAGAAC